UUUUUUUUUUUGAUCAGAAAAAAAAAAAAUUUUUUUUUUGUAACAUACUUAUGCUCGAAUUGUAUCUAAUUUAAUCAAGUAAAAAAAAAAAAAAAAAAAAAGAGAGAGAAAUUUUUUGUACCAUAUAAAAAAAAAGCAACCAACACACAUAUACAACCCAGAAAGAAAAAAAAAAGAUGAAUACAAGUCGUGCGAUAUUAAAUCAGCAGCAUGUUGAUACAUUCCUCUCACAAUGUGGAUUAUCAGAAUACUUUGAAACCUUCAUUGAAGAAGGAUUUGACAGACCAGAAUCUUUAAUGGAAAUAACAGAAACAGACUUAAUACAAAUGCAAGUCAAACGAGGUCAUCGCAGACUUCUACAACGAGCAGUAGCCAAUGCAAAAGGAAUACCCACAAGCGUACCGUUAAAUAUCACACCCAUCAAUAAUAACUCUAAUAAAUCCGAUGUGACAGCUGGUGAUAGUCGUUUCCGAGUACCGCUAUAUGAACAACAACAACAACAACAAGGCUACAACAAUAAUAAGAAACCAUUACAACCGAACGAAGUCAUGGAUGUCUCACUACAACUCUUGGCAGGCACCGCAUCCUCUUCUUCUGGAUCUUCCUCUUCCGCAACCAACACAUCGCCCGCCUCUACCAACACUUCCACUUCCUCACCUUCCCUCAAUCUACAACAACAACAACAGCAACACAUACAGCAGCAACAACAACAAAGCCAACCACCGAAUACCACCCAUGCUAUGACUGAAUACUUUCCAUCGGCAGGUACGAUGACCCACAGUGCUCAAAGCGGCAUGUCUUCUACAGAGGAAGAAGCCGUCACAAGUGACAAUGUUCACCGUCUAUGGAAACGAAAAUACCAUCGACAUGCCAAACCUGAUACCAAUGCACCUCUGAAACCACCUUCGGCCUAUGUCAUGUUCUCUAACGAUGUACGCGCAGAAUUAAAACAGCAGAACAAGUCAUUUACAGAUCUUGCCAAAAUCAUUGGUGAUCGAUGGAAGAAUAUUACGCCCGAGGAAAAGGAGCUAUAUGAGGUGAAUGCGCUUCGGUCUCGAGAAGAUUAUCUUAAGCAGAUGGAAGAAUACCACAAGACAGAAUCAUACCGGAAAUACCAGCAGUAUAUCUCGGAUUUCAAAACAGAAAACGAAGCAGCAGCACGGCCUGUGGGAAGACCUCGUAAAAGACAUAGACGAGAUGGAGACAAGUAUGGGAGUGAUGGUACUGUGAGUGACUCUACCAAACCCAAGCGAGCUUCAUCCAUUUCAUCACAACCUGAAGAACACACAAGGACCCCGUCCAUGUCAUCCGAGCAACGCCAAUAUCCAUUCUACCUCUUAAAUGAAGAAUCUACCGUUACCAUGCCAAAGUAAAACCUAGUGUCCUUACCCUAGUGACCAUACCAUUAGUGAUUCAUGCCCCCCCCCCAUAUAUAUAUU